CAUGCCAUACAUUGCAUAUGUACAUAUGUAUCUUUGAUAUGAUGUGUAAUAAAAAUACAUAUUUACCUGUAAAUAAUUUUAUGUUUAUUAUAAUGAAAAUAUUUCCACAUAAUAUUCCACAUUUUAAUUAACCAUAAUGGUGAAAUGUCUACGCAUUAGUGUGGUUGUAACCGGCAUAUUGAGUGAGUACAGGCACACUGUACACAUAAGUGGGGCAGUCAUAAGCAUGUUGGUGGACAAGAAAAGGUAAAGAUGACAACAGUGGUGACUCCGUCUGAGACAGCAACCCGCCGUGUAUGUAGAAACGACUCUGCUCAGGUGUUACUAGAGCAGUUCCUCUCAGCAGGCUAGAACUGAUGUGAGGAUGAAGACUUGCUCCUCUCUAAAGAGGACAGAGGAUGCUUUUGACAGACAAGGCAGGAACCAUGUCACCCAAACAAGUUGAGCUCCACCCAACCUACAUACUAUUAAGUUGAGCUCCACCCAACCUACAUACUAUUAAGGUGAGCUCCACCCAAUCUACAUACUAUUAAGUCGCUACAUCAGGCUCUCUUAAACCACAGGUGAUUAGGCACCCAAGAAAUAAUCCUUAAUGCCAAGGUAAUCAGAGAAGUGCUAUUUGAUGCGGUGUGUGUGAUGUAGAACAUGGCCCUAUGUCGAAACCUGUACGCCAUCUCUCCGAACACUUCUGAAAUGAGUCAAUGCAGUUAGAGUGUGUGUUUGUGCUUUCACUGUGUGAGGGGAAAGAGAAGAGCACAUCCUGUGUGAGCAAAGCUGUGGUUUGACUACUGCACAGCAGCACACACACUCGCACGUCAGUUCUCUCUUGGCGAGUCUUCAAGCGACACCAGAAACAUGAACCUCUUUGUUUUUUGCGCCCAAACCCCAGUUCUGUUGAUUCAUGCUCUGUUAUUCCUGUCGACGGCCAGGUCUUGGGCCCAAAAACCGGUCAUGGGCCCAACAACACUCUCUGCGAUCACUGCCACUCCAGGGGGAAACACCUCAUUAGAACAAACCUCCCCGAUACCAACACACACACACGAUACUGAGGCCUCAUCGCAAACAGCGAAUAGCACUACCCUACCUUCACUACUCAAUGGCACCGACACGGCACACACACCAGACGAGAAGAGUGGAGACACUGGGAAUACUUCUCUGACAGUUCCAGUUCCAGUCACUGUCACCAGCCCUGCGCCGGAGAUCACCACCACUGCGCCGAAGAUCACCCCCACUGCGCCGGAGAUCACCAUCACUGGGCUUUCGUCGACGAAGCCAGUGAUGACCUCCAGCACGACUGCUCAAUCUACAGUGUCAUCGGCUGGAGGAUCUGUGAUCCUGAUUUUCAUCUUGUUGGCCAUCAUUGCUCUGGGAGUUCUUCUGUAUUACCUGCGCAAGAAAUCAAGGAGUUACUCUUUUGACCUCCAUUUCCCCGCCGACGACCAAGCCAGUGAUAACACACCCCUUAAACCUGUGGAGGUGGAGAUGGAGAGGUUUCAGCCUAAAGACACAGACAGUCCAGCGACUCUCCCGUCUGAAGUUAAUGACUGUGCUGCCAACCACCUGGGCGUAGCCAAUGGGGGUGUAGAGGAGGGACCAGGGGAGACAGCCAUCACUCUUGACAGUAGAAGUAGCGAAUCAGAUGAGUUUGUUGGUUGCGGAGAUCUCUCGAUAGAUUGCUUGCCAAAGGCUGGGUCGCAGAUAGAUUGCGUGCCAGAGGCUGGGUCGCAGACAGAGGACACCUCACAUGUCAACGUAGAAGAACAAUCAGGCAAUGAAAACAAUAACAACUUCACAGUUGUCACCAAGGUAACAGCAGGGCUCAAGGGUAGAGAGGACAACUUUACAGAAAUCAGCCUUAAUUAGGCAUUAAGAAGACAACCCUAAACAAUAACCUUUAACCCUUAACCUCUGACACCCUGACCCUCAGUUCCAACACUGAGUCUUUGCUUGCUUCAUCCUUUGUCAUUGCUUGUUGCCCAUAGCUCUUUGUUACCACGAGUUCCUUGUAUUCAUUGAUAAGCCCUAAACCAUAAGCCCUAUCCAAGAUCCAUUACUCCUAGCACCGUGCCCCUAACCUAUUGGGUUAUGAUAUGGUAUAUGGUAUAUUGGGUUAUGAUAUUGUAUGUGAUAUCUCUCAUUGAUAUAUCCCUAAGCCCUAACCUACCCAUUGGGUUCUAUGUCAAGGUUAUUUUUUGUGAUCACUUGCAUCAAACCCUCAACCUGCUAACUCCCUCCUUGAUGCACCUAACAUUUAAGCCCCCCCCAUUUAUAUGCUGUAGUUGCAUACUUUGCGUACUUGCAUGUGUCUGCAGUUCACACACACACACACACACACACAAUAAUACAUGCUUUGUAGUUAUAUCCACCUGUCUAUCUGUAGGAACAUGGUCUGUACAGUAUUACUAGCACAUCUUUCAGAAGGUAUCUCUGGAGACUUGCAUACAGUUUUUGUUUGAAUAUGAUUAAAAGAUGUAACGAACUGACAUUGUAUUGAAUUGAACAGAUAAAUUCAUACUUUGAAUUGUAUAAAGUAGUGUUGUUACGUGAUGAGUGAAUACGGAUGUGUUGUGAAUGCAGGAUGCCUAUUUGAGCUUAUACCAAAUAAAGAAUUUUGUUUUAAAUACA